UAAAUUUUUUAUAAGCUGGGAAUGUGUCCCAUUGCUAUCACAUAACACACAACAAUUAAUCUUAUCUUAUCAAAACAGAACAAAAGUAUUGAAGAGUUUAUAAAUUCAGUCACACGUUUACAUUCACUACAAUGUAGUCAAUGACAGUAAUGGAAUUCCAAAAGUGAACUUAAAUGUAAUCGGAUACGGAAUUUUGUGUUAGAUUCAAUGGAAACUACAAAUGUAGAGAAAAAAAUUUAUUUGCGCAGUCAAAAAAGUACGUUAAGCGAGUCAAGACGUCGGUCCGUUGACGGUGAAAAAUAAAAUUAAUUUAAUUUUUUUGUGAAAAUAUUUUUAUGAUAAGAAAAAAAAAGAUUUUUGGUGCUGACAUAAUAAAAAGUUGAAGUAGAUAUAGAUAAAAAUAAAGUUUUGUGAUUCACAUUGGACUUUGAACAUUGUUUUUUAAGUAAUUUAGGUCUAAAAAUAAACGGAGGAAAUGAUGAGUUCCGAGAGUGAUAGGAAAUCAGCUGAUAAUUCAGUAAACUUUUGUGUCAGUGAUUCCGAUGAGAAAUACAAAAUAGUCAAUGAAUUGAUUACAAUGUGUAUGAAUAAUAUAGAGCAUUACACAACCGAUAAAUCAUUUGCCGGCACGAGAUUAUGCUUCAAUUUUGAGAAACUAAAGGACUAUUUAGACAAAUCUGUUCCAGUCAUAAAAGAAAUUGAGGAAUUCGCACCAUAUUAUGAUUACGAUGAGAACACGCCCGGAAAUGGUUAUCGAAGUUUUGUUUUCAUUUUUGAAUGUGCACUCAAGUAUUCGAUGAAAACAUGUCAAUACAUUACUGAGAAUCGUGCUAGUUUGCUGUUUCGUAAAAAUCUUUAUCUCAAGGAACUCGACGUAUGUACGCAAAUGAUAGAAAGCCUUUAUCAGAUAUGUGCAGAUUUAAUCAAAAUGCAUGAAAAUUCGGAUCAAGGAAAUUUAUAUUCAAAAGAAUAUUCACAUGAUAAUUUAAUUACGCGUAGCGCAAAGGUUACAAACCAAACAUGCUUCUAUGGACGUUCUGUAGGAUUUCAAUUUGUUGAUUCAAUGAAAAGUAUUUUGAAAUUUCUAAGUGUCACGUUGGCAUGCUUUUCCGAGGCUUAUUUCUCAAAUGGAUUCAAAUUUAUGCGAACAACAAAUUAUUUCCUAAAACAUCCGUCAUAUUUUAUGGAUCCUGAAAUGUGUGCUAGACGUAUCAUCAAUGUCAGUCAUAAUGCUGAUGUGAAAUUUUGCAAGUCAUUUUGGAUGCUCGGUGAGAAUAAACUCAUGCAUGCACUGCCUCGACUCGUUGGCUAUCAAGUUGAUGUCAAUCGUGUCUUUAAAAUUCCACCUGAGCCCCUUGAAAUAUUCAGCAAGAAAUUGAACAAAAUGAUUAGUAUUCCAAUACCGCAUAGUCAUAUUGGUCGACAGCCAGUUUCAUGCCGUUUACUUUGUGCUACUCGAAGGCGAGGAAUGGUUGGUGAAAGGUCUGCACAGAAUUUGGCUGAGCCUUCUAAGCAUUUGAUAAUUCAUACGCAUGGUGGAGGCUGGCUGGCAACAAGUUCAAAAUCACAUGAGUUCUAUCUUCGCGAGUGGGCCAGUAGACUAGACAUCCCAAUCAUCUCCAUUGACUAUGCCCUAUGUCCAAAAGCACCAUUCCCACGUGGUCUUGAGGAUGUGUUCUAUACUUACUGCUGGAUACUCAAAAAUUGUGAACUUUUAGGAACUACAGCUGAAAAUGUCGUCUUUUGUGGUGACUCAGCUGGUGCUAAUUUAAAUACAUCAUGCAUUAUUAAAUGCAUUGAGAUGGGAGUUCCACUGCCAAAAGGAAUUUUCAAUGCUUAUAGUCCAUUUUUAGUGAAUUUUGCAUCCACACCAGCUAGAUUUUUGACACUUGUUGAUCCUUUAGUUCCAUAUGGAUUUAUUAUGAGAAUUUUCAAGUGCUAUGGAGCAUCAAAGCCUUUUGAUAAUACUGAAAGUGUUGAUGACAUUGAUGAAUCACUUAAAGACGAGUCAUUCACAGAUGUUAAGGAUGAAAAAGAGUUUUCAGCCCUUAUGUCACCUGAUAGCUCUAAAUGCUUAGAAAUAGUCUGGCAAAAAGUUAAGCACAGCACUGAAACACCUGAUUGGCAUUCAAACUUAAAUUCAAUUGAAGAAAAUUCGACUGAGGAUCCAAUAUCACCGUUGAUCUAUAGAAGUGACAGUAUUUUUGAGCCAAAUGUUGUUGAUGAAACUGAUGAUGACGAUGGGGAUUGUCUGGAGAUGAAAAUUUCACAAAGAAAGGAUGAAAGAGAUUGUGAUCAAAAAGAAGAUGAAGUUGUUAAGGAUGAACAUAAGGAAUAUGUUGAGAAUUUCGUCAAGAAGUACGAGAGCAACGAUUUCAACAAAGACAAUGACUCAGUUAAUAUCAAUGAUAAGCCUAAUGCCUUAAAAGUUCGUCUUAAUUCCCGAACAUUUAGUGAAGAUAAUAUUGUAGUGGAUGUCAGUAAAGAGUCAAUGAGUCCACAAGGUCUUCUUAAUUCGGCUGUGUCUGGUAUCAAGAGUAUGAUUGAUGGAGCAACAAAUGAGGAAGAACAUAACGAUAAUAAUAACAACAAUAAUGAAAAGCAUGCAGAUACUUUAAAGAGGAACUAUGCAUUUACCGAGAAAAAGCAAACAAAUGAAAUUCCAAAAGCAGCAGAAGAUGAAUUUGUUUUUUCAGUGCCUAGAAAUUAUUUAAUGUCACCAUUCUUAGCGUCUGAUGACAUUUUGAAACAAUUCCCGAAGAUCAAUAUUUUAACAACCAUUGUGGAUCCAUGCCUUGAUGACUGCAUUGAAUUUUCGAAGAAGUUAAAGAAACUUAAUGUUGAUGUUGAGCUUGAUAUUGUUGGUGCUCUGAAUCAUGGAUUUUUGAACUUUUCAAAUGUUUCAAAGGAAUGUCAUGAUGCCUCUAUGCUGUGCCUUAAAAGAAUUGUGAAACUUCUUGAUAUGGAUAAAGAUAUUGAAUGAGAGUCAGCUUGGAUGUUUCAUCUAAAUAGCUAGAUGCAGGUUGUUUAAAUUUAAAGCUUGACGUGACUUCAAAGGCUUAAAAAUUCAAAUGACUUUAAAUUGAUAAUUAAAUAGCAUGUAAAUUACUAUUGACAAUAAAAAUUCCAUUGGAUAUGAACUUUUGAUGCUUUUUAUUCAAUUCUAAGAUUCGUUGAAAUUUAGGAUUUGUUUACAGAUGAUAGCAAGAAGAUGCAGUUGCUUAACAUGAAGAUCAUCAGCAAAAGAUUUCAAAACUAUGCUGCUGUGUCGACUCAAAUGAACUUGAUCUCCAUGAACUUACUGCAUUCAAUGCCACUUAAUUUAGU